AUGCUCAGAGGAUAUCCACUAGCCAAGCUACAAGUGCGUGAACUAAACCUCAUUAGUAUUAACCCUGUUGCUCUACAAAUAAAGAAGGGAAUCUACCAGCUUCAAAAGCUUGUGAUCUUGAGAAUCGAAUGUUUUAGUCUUGAAGAGGGUUAUGGUAACCAGAUCCCAUUACAAUCCCUCAAAGUUUUGCAACUUCGAUGUGUGACGUAUUCGAGCGAUGAGGCUCUAUCUAAUCUCUUAUCUAGUCUACCGAGUCUCCAAGAUUUGUAUUUGGAUCGAUGUUCGAGUGUUAAAAACACAAAAACUCUAUCUAUCGCGGUGCCUUGUUUGCAAAGAUUGACAGUUCUUAGAUGUCCUGAUUAUUGUGAAAGUCAUCUUAUGAAGUUGAACGUUACUGCACCUUCUUUGAAAUUCUUGAACGUUGAAGAUCACUGGAGAAACGUGUCCUUUUCUGAGGAGAAGAUGGAAGAGCUCAUAGAAGCAGAUAUUAAUGUUAGUUAUAUCGAUACCGAGAAGCUUCUGAGAGCUAUUGUAUCCGUGAAACGACUUUCAUUAUGUUUAAUCACUUCAAAGAUUAUGCGGGUUAAUCUCUUAUUUAAUCAACUUGUUUAUUUGGAGAUAUGCACAUGUCAACAAGAAUGGUGGAAUGUUCUUGAAAAGGUUUUGUUAAGUUCAUCUAAACUGUGCAUUCUCAAGCUUCAUCAGAAACAUAUUUUUGGGACUACAGAUCCCACUGUUAGAUGGAAAGAACCAAGUUCUGUUCCUGUAUGUUUUGCUUCUCAUCUUGAAACUUUCGAGUGGAGAGGUUAUGAAGGAACAGAAGAAGAGAAAAAAUUAGCUAGUUACAUCCUCAGAAAAGCUGGGAGAUUGAAGACUGUAACGUUCUAUCCACUGAUCUCGCACCCGGAUAUCAGAACGCGUAGGAUUCUCAAAAGUCAUGAGUAA